AUGAAAUGCUGAGGCAGCAGUCUUUGUAGAAAGGUGACCCUGAGCAGCCGUCUGUGAAAUGAUGAGGACACACGUACAUGCAUGCACACACACACACAGGGCUCUGAGGGUGGACAUUUAACCCAGGAUUCCUCAGGGGCCGCUCCAGUCUCCUGUCCCUCAUCAUAUGUGAUAUAAUUAUUGUGAUAGUUAGGGUUAGUGCAGAUGUUAAUACCCCCCGUGGGCAGUUAUUUUCUGGAGCAUCAGUCAAAGGUGACCUCAAAGAUGAAGGUGCUUGUGGUUCACAUCCCAGCCUGGGAACCAUGUUGGAGAAUGGAUCCUGAUUUUUGUCCUUUUUUUUCCCCAGGUCUCCAGCGCCGUCGUCUCAUCCCAGCCCUAACCCUAGACACCUCUUCCUCCUCCUCGUCCUCCUCCUCACCCUCUCAUCGCUCAGCAAAACAAGCCAUCACUUCGUCUUCUUCGUCCUCUUCCUCCAGCCAAGGUGCCUGCUGGGUAGAUGGACCGCUUGGGCUCCAACCCCCACCCACCAGCCUGCGAGUCACCGCUGACACAACAGAGAACUUUGAGAUCAAGGUUUACAAGAUCGAUGAUGUGGAGCGCCUGCAGAGGAGGAGAGACAGACGGGUGAGCAAGGAGGUGGUGCACCAGCCCAGUGCCAGGCUGCGUUUGCUGGAGCAUCGCCAGCAGAGAAUCAGUGACCUGAGGGCCAAGUACCAGUGUCUGAAGAAGGAACUGGAACUAACCAAACAGCACCUGAUGCUGGAGGAGCAGACAUGGACCAGUGAGUUCCAGCUGCAGCAGGUCCAUGAAGUGGACUCUCUGGAGUAUUUGGAAGCCCUGGAAACACUGACGUACAAACUGGAGACAAGAGUCAACUUCUGCAAAGCUCACCUGAUGAUGGUCACCUGCUUUGACGUGUCCUCCAAACACUGGUAGAGAGACAGGAACCGCACUGGUCCUC